UGAAAAUUAAAAAACACCUUCCAAAAAGUAACAAAAUGGCGACGAGCGGUCAACUUCCACCCGGCUGGGAAGCCAGAUGGGACGAUCAGUACGGCAGAUAGUAAGUUGAAUAAAAGCUAAAUCGUUGUGUUAGAUGUCUAGGAAAUAGAGCUUCGGGUUUUGUAAAGCAUUGAAAUAUAAUAUAUCCCGUUGACCCUAAAUCUGUAGCACAACAUAUCACAUAUGUACUUGUCAUAUUUCAAAUAUUUUCAUGUUUGUAUAUAAAGUAUCGAAAUGUGGAAUAAAAUUUCCAGAAAUAUGAUGAUUCGUGUUGCAUGUUUUAAGAGUUUAAUCUUUGGUUUAUUUAGCCAUUGAAGUAUAUUAUGAUCCAAGCUUUUCACAAAAAUAUAAAUUAUACAUGUCAAACUGCAAAAUAUGGGCUUUAAUAGCCAUUUAAAUUUAUUACGGAAUAUUAUUUAUGAAAUAUUAUUUAUGAAAUUAUAUAUUGAUGUAGGCUGUCAACUUUUUGAUAUUAAUCUAAGAUGAACAUUUGUAUCAGUAUAUUUGCCAAUUUGGUUUCUUAAAGGUGAUCUACAGUCCAUAUGUAAACAAAGCCUUUGUUUACAUUUUUGUGUCCAAAAUAUUGAACUUUAUUCGACAACUAUUUAUAUUUUCAAGCUUCUAGAGUAUAAUAAAUGAUCAAGAAACAACAAUCAGGCUUUUCAAGAACUCAAAACAUAGUUAAACUGUUUGUAUCAUAAAAAGUGGGCUCAUUUGUGCACAUGCGCAGAUCGGACUGACUAGAUCACCUUUAAAUUGGAGGAGAUUGGCAAUAAAAAAUUAUUUUAGUUCAUUUUACUGUAAAGAACUCUCAAAACUGUAUAUUAAACUUCAUAACAGAUUGUUUAUAUCUUGCUCAGUUUUCAAAAUAUCUCGACUGGAAAAAGUGAGCUGUUCUCCAUCUUGGAUUAUUGAGGAUAUGCAUAACGCAUAUGUUACGUAUCGAUCUAUUCUCAUCUGCAAGGAGCGUUGUAGGUUUUCCAUGGGGUGGUGCAUGAGGGAGCCUUACUGCCCACUCUCCUCUGCUGUCUGCAACGCUACUAUCCCAACAUUACCAUUAUUUGAGAUGGCCGAAUCUGCAUGUUCACUGUUCUGUUAACGUUUUACAUUAUCUUUUGUUUAUAAAGUUUAUAUCGAUUGGCUUUUUAGCACGUUUGCAUGACUGAACAGUUGCUGUAGCACACUGGACAGUAAAUUUGCUUGUUAAUUAAAGUACAGUAUAUGUGAAAAUAUGGCUCAAAGGUUCCAACCCUCCCGAUUUGAUCGGGAGGCUCCCGAUUUCUUGGCAAAUCUCCCGAUCUCCCGAUUUAUAUUUAAACCUCCCGAUUUUACGAAUGAAAAGAAAAAAUUUACUUUUUCUAAAAGAAUCCUUGUAAAAGCUGUUCGCGUACGGUAAAAACGGUUGUCGGAUCGACAAAAAAGCGGUAUGUCGCCAAAAGGGGUGUUUUGUACGACAAAGUUUCGUAAUAUUUCGCAUGAAAGGCGGAAAUUUACAGUUGUUGUAUUCGCGAGUCUUGGAAUCAAGAAAUGGCGCUUCUUAAGAAAGUUUAAAUUUUCUAAAUUUUAUACCCAGUCACACUAGAGGUCAACGUUUUCUUGCCUUUACCAGACCUCCCGAUUUUUGGAGAUGUCAAGUUGGAACGUCUGAUGGCUGUAUAACAACCUUGGCAUGUUUAUAUAUUUAACCAUGAUAUUCUUAGGCUGGUGCUGGAUUUCUCUAGGGGGAUGCUAGACACCACUAGAUAGGCUGUACAUGUCCCCUGAACCCCUGCAGGUUUAGUUACUAAAUCAUACUUAUUUUUCUACUUUAGUUACUUCAUAAACCAUUUCACACAAAACACAACUUGGACAGAUCCAAGGCUUGCUCAUGUCGGUGCACAACAUUAUCGGCCUGUUGAACAGAUUCCAAUGCAAGAAUUCUCGGUAAGACUUGUCUGACAGUGUGUUAAUAUAUAACAAUAACAAUAUUUAUUUCAUCAAAUUAAUUAUUGAAUUGUAGCGAAAAAUUAUUUACCUUAUAAUUCACUCAUAGAUUCGAUUCAUUAACCCUUUAAGUGGCAUUGUGCCCAUUUAUUUUUACUGGGUGUAAUACAAAUAUAUAUAAAAAAUUGUGAACUUUGCACAGCUAUAUUUUCUUCAUUUUACAACAUUUAGCAACCAAUCUUAGUUUGCAGUUUUACUCAUUCUAAGACACUCUUUCUAGCUGCAUGUGCUGUUGGAUUCGUUCUUCUUGCCUUAUACUCAUUUUCUUUGAAAAUCUUUGUUUAGUCUCGACAGUCAUCUGCACAGUCACACUCGAGAGGACAAACGUCAUCGGCAGCGCGAACAAAGGUGAAGUCAUCCUUCCUAUCAGCUUCCAAAGGUCAAGCGCUGUUCAAUUCUUAUUCAUUUUAAUCUUUAUUUUUUAUAGGAAACUGGUUUCCAAUAUUCAGUAAGUAACAUUUGGGUUCUCAAUAGUCAAUAAACAAAUAGUUUCUUCUCCUUUUACAAUUGGCGAUUUCCUAAUGGUAAUCGACUCCCAGCUUCGUCUGCGCGCAUUUUUGAAAACGUCGUAAAUUUCAGUACAGAUUCAUUCUCGUACCCAGAGCCCUUCUUAUGCGGGGUGCGACGAGGGGCUCUGGCCAAAUCCAUAUUAUGUAUGAGAAUGGUACAGAUUGUGAUAUAUAUACAUGGAAAUAGACCUUUCCCCUUAUGAGUGAAAUUUUAAUCUGGACAAGCCUGGACAAAAAUUUCACCACAGCUUGAAAGAGUAUCGCAAAAUUAGUAAUAUUCCGAAGUUUCGUUGCGAAAUGUUGUAAAAUGCGGAUAACAUAGCCUUGCGAAGUUUGCCGUUUUCCAGUCAUUUUGAUUUUUGUAUUACAAAUGGAAAUUGAUAAUCAGUUUGAUCAUCUGAUUAUCAAUUUCCGGCGAACUUCGCAAGGGUAUAUUAUCCACAUUUUACAACAUUUCGCAACGAAACUUUGGAAUAUUACUAAUUUUGAGAUGCUCUUUCAAGCUGUGAUGAAAUUUUUGUCCAGACUUGUCUAGAUCAAAAUUUCACUCAUAAGGGGAAAGGUCUAUUAACCCAAGGCCAUGCAGGAACAAAUAUGCUUGCAGAGGAUGCUACCAUUGAUUGUACCUUACUUUAUUAUUUUACUCUGUCUAACGCAGUACGAUUUUACUCGUCAAGGGGAGAGAGUCUCGCUCAUUAUUAAUGGCAUAGAUGGUUUAAAAACAAUUUGGCAGAUAUUGACUAUUGUGUAUAUGUAUUAUGAUAAUAAUGGGCGAUAUUACUAGUCUACUAGAUAAUUUUAAUUAGCGUAUGGAUCAUUAUGCUCAGUCAUAUACAAACAACCCAAAACGCGAUUUUCGUCGCAAAUUAUGUUGACGAGUUAUAUCAAAAGAUGAAUUGUUCAAUGUCGAAAAACAGAGAAUAUUGCAGUAAUACGCUUGACGUCUUAUUAUAAUGUGUUUCCUGUCGUAAAUUUAUAAAAUACCAAAUACAAAAGUACAAAUACCACAAAGAGAUCAAUUUAGAUAUAUGUAUUCCUGUAAUGUAGCUAUGAAUAUAUUGAAAAAAAAACCCCAAAACUACAGUUUUUUUGCUAAAAACUACAGUUUGACAGUUGUUAUAUUCUAACAAUUUAUAUGCCUAGACAUUGUGUUAAAUACGUACGUACUCGCGGCGUCUUAUACCAGCUAGGAAAUUGAGGAUUAUAGUGUACAUUUCUAGAUUGAUCCUUCGAAUGAUGAAGACGAUGAGGACGAUGAAUGGAGAGAUGCUUUGUUACGCAGUUCGAUGGAGAAUAAUCAGCAAAAACGUCUACUGUUUCAUGAUAAAAUCAACAGUAAGCUUUUCUUAUUGACCGGAGGCCAGUUGUACGACAAGCUGCAGGAUAGCGCUCUCCACGCACAAUUCCUAUAAUCCCAUUAUAGACUAAUUUUUUAUCUUGGCAAAAAAGUAUAUUCCGGGAAAGAGCAUACUAAAAUGAGUAAAAUUGCAAAGUUUGGUUGCGAAAUGUUGUAAGAUGCGGAAAAUAUAGCCUUGCAAAGUUCGCAAAUUUUGUAUACUUUUAUAUUGCGUGCGGAAAUUCGGCUACUAUUGUCGGCCCAAAUGUGGUAGCAAUCUCCGCGCGCAAUACAAAAGUAUACCAGAUUUGCGAACUUGGCAUGACUAUAUUUUCCGCAUUUUACAACAUUUCGCAACCAAACUUUGCAAUUUUAGUAUGCUCUUUCUAGCUGUGGUGAUUUAUUUGCAUCUCCUUGCCUAGUUUUAAAAUUAGUCUAUUAUGGGAAUUGUCUAUUGGUCAAACCCAAAAUUAAAAUUGGAAAAGCCCCUAUCAAAGUCGUGUUCUGCUUAAUGUAUUUUCAAUUCGUAGCUUCAUAAUUUUUCAAGCAAUUUUACAAAUGUUUUUUUCAGUGAAAGAGAAAUUCAAAAGAGAAUUUAAGGAACUGGAUGCCCACGUCGUUGAAAACACGGUGGAAAAAGUAAUUAACGUUGUUUUUUAUGAUAUAAUUAGCAUCUUAGAAAUUUAUUAUUUGGUGAGUUCCAGACGCCGCGAAACUGGGGGGGGGGGGCAGUGAUUGUAUGUGCUUCCCCCCUCCCACUUUUUUAAAUGUGAAAAAGUGCCUUUUUUCUGGGCUAAAGUGCCCCAUUUUAAGAACGAAAAAAGUAUUUCUUGAAUCAACGCCCUCUUUUGCUGGAAAGAAAGUGCCCUUUUCACAGUAGUAAAGACUGUCGGUAAAGGCCAUUUCCGGCGUUAUAGAGACUCCAUAUUUUCAAAAAAUUUUGUUCUGCUCGCAAAGGACAUAAAAUCGUUUGAAUUUGGUCAUGUACAAAAGUACCCCUUUUGGCCAAUGCCCUUCCACUUCCGAAAUGCUCCGCGGCUUCUGGUGAGUUCCCAUAAAGUAAGGCUGUUUUCAGCAUACCUUUUUGCCAGGGUUUGCAUACGCCAUACAUUGGCAUCACAUUUGUAUAUAUGGUCAGAGCUCGACAACUGGGCUCUGUAGCUCAGUUGGUUAAGAGCUCGAAAAAACCCAUCUGCUAAUAGUUCUAUCGAUCGAGCUGUCCAAAGUCUUGUUAAAAACUCUGCCCAGCCGGCCUAGUCUUCACUUCUAUCUUCUGAUCUUCACAUUUAAUCUUCACAACUAUUUUCUUUUUGCUCAUAUUUGACAGCAUGAUUAUGAUGAAGAUAUAAUAAGAGCAACACUGGAAUCGUUGAAAG